AUGUGUGGAGGCUCCAUUACAACACCAGAAGGUUACAUAAUGACUCCUGGAUAUCCUAGAAAAACCACAAUGCACUAUUGUUAUUGGAUCAUUACUGUUCCUGAUAAAUCCAGGCGAGUACGCUUAGAAAUCGAGGAUUAUAAUCUUGGUACGGAUACUUAUCGCAUAGCGAUUUAUAAUGACAACCGUUUUCAAACUUUAGUCCAAAGCAUUACAAACAAAGACUUAAAUCCACCGAAAAUAUUUGAAUCAUCUGGAAACACACUUGCUGUUUAUAUAUUGAUGUCCCCAUUAUCUUCGGAACAUAACAGGUUCAAAGCAAAGUUCAGCUCAAAUGAGCUGGCUUAUUGUGGCGGUACAUUAAAUGGCGACAGCGGCGAAUUGACUUCGCCAGUUCUGAACAGAUCCUACUCUUGCGAAUGGAGCUAUCGCAGAUAUAGUACUGAGAAUCGAGAUGAUGGUAGUGACAGUGUUGAUAAUGUUAAAUACAGCACGAUACUAAUCAAUUCCAAAGCCAAUUCAUCUAUAGCUAGAACUAGAUGCCUCUAUAGUGAUCCUAAACUAACUAUUAACGCCAUACUGGCUGACAAAAAUAUGAUUUUCAAAAGAGAAGUCUGUGGUAAUAAUGAACUACAAUUUCGUAUACCUUCAGAUGGUAUAGACUUAAAAGCAACUCAAAACAAAGGGACGUUCCUUAACUUUCAUCUAGACUGGAAAUUACAACCUUGUGGUGGAGUUGUAACCGUAGGAGAGGAGUCAGUUAAUGUCUUAAAUGUGCCAAGUAAUUAUAAUGAUUCCUUAGACUGUGCCUGGAUACUUAAAGGCUCUCCAGGAAAUAGGAUUAAGAUCAAGCUUGAAGGUUCAUUCAAAUUAAGUUGUUCUGAUGAGUUUAUUCAGAUAACUCAAGGCUUAGAAUCUUAUCAACUCAUUAUUGGAGAUUAUUGUAAAGACAAAAUUCAAACUACCGAUUUAGUUUUAUCGUUUAGAGAAAUUUAUAUCCAAUAUCAUUCAAAUAUUCAAAACAAAACUUCCAUUAAACUUAUGGCAGAAAUUGUUAACCACCAAUGUGGAGGAUAUCUUAAUAGAUAUGAUAGAAUAUUUACAUCCCCCAAUUAUGGGAAGAACUACAUUGAAAAUCAAGAAUGCGCAUGGGAAAUAGAAGCGGACGUAGGCAAUAGAAUAUCUUUGCAAUUUAUAGAUCGGUUCGUUAUAGAAGAUACACCGAAUUGCACAAAAGAUAUGGUUAUUAUUUACGACUGGGAAGAUAACUCUUACACAGAACUGGCACGUGUCUGUGGCCGCAAUUUACCACCCGUUUACAACUCCACUUACAACAAGAUGAAAGUAGUUCUACGGACAGACAGCGACAUUAACCUAGAUGGAUUCAAAGCUAUGUGGCUCCCGAUCUGUGGAGGUAAAUAUAAAGCCAAAGAAAAGGAACAAUUAUUGUACAGCCCCGGGUUCCCUGAUACCUAUAUGCCGUCGUUAGAUUGCGUCUACGAAAUUUCAGCUCCGGGGCAAAAGAUUGCAUUUAAAUUCCUAGAGUUUGAGCUUGAAGGCACCUAUCCCGAAUGUGCUUAUGAUAAUGUUACUGUUUCUACUGAUAGUAUGUAUUAUUAUUCUGAAAAUACAUACUGCGGUACAAAAACCCCGACAUCAGGUCGAUACCGAGACAAACUAUCUAUUCGAUUUAGAACUGACAGAUACAUCCAGAGAAAAGGUUUUAAAUUAUCCUAUUCGAUUUCUUCUUGUGGUGGCAAUGUUACUGCACCUACUGUCAUAUCAUCUGGUGAAGGAGAUAAUUAUGACAGAGACUUGAACUGCACUUGGUUUAUCGAAGCUCCUUCUAAUAAAAUAGUUGUUGUAAAAUUCACUACUAUAAAGAUUGAAGGGCGCUCGUGUUCUUAUGACUAUAUAGAAUUAUUUAACGGACAUUUAAUUGACUAUAACAAUCGCAUAAUUAAAACUUGUGGUUUUCUACAAAAUGAGUACACUGUUUUUAGAGGCAAUGGUAACAAAAUGCUCUUACACUUUGUAACAGAUGGAAGUGUCAACUAUGAGGGAUUUAAAGCUGGCAUUAUCUUCACAUACGGAGAAUCCGUUGGUUGUGGUGGAUAUAUUAAUUUGACAGAAUCAUCAUUGUCUGCAAUGUUGUCAUCUCCACUCAUAAAUGGAAGUAGUGUUUACGAAAAUUUCAUGGAUUGUCACUGGACCGUAACAGCACCAGAUGACCGAGUUAUUAAACUAGAAUUCAUCAGUUUUCAUGUAGCUUCUUGCCAGAAUGUAAACCAGACAGCGUUGGGAUAUAGCAAGUGCGACUGUGAUUAUGUUGAAAUCAAAGACGGGCUAAAUCCAGAUAGUACCCAAAUCGGUGUUUAUUGUGGUCAUACAACACCGGCUGAAGCAGUUUCUUCGGGAAAUCAAAUGAGCAUUAGACUCUCAACGGACGGUGAAAUUAACAGUUCGGGGUUCAAAGUUCGUUUAACUGCAGUGCCUAACGUUUGCGGUCAGUCUACUUUCUCCGUAACUACAAAAAGGCUGGUUAUACGCUCUCCAGGUUACCAAACGGGCUCUAUUCCUCGAGGUUUGAAUUGUGUUUAUGAAUUUAUUCCAUCGUCCGAGUAUUCUUACCGAGCAAUUCAUGUCAGGAUUAAUCAACUGGACAUUCAACCUAGCGAUCCUGACAGAAAUCAGUGUACAGCAGAUAAACUUACUAUAUCUGGCCGAAAUUUACCACGAAAUCUUAGUCUUGGUUCAGAUUACAUUCACGAACACGGAAAUAAAGACGUAUUUGAUACACCUUACUUCUUUGAGGAAGAAUUGAAUUUACCAAAAGAGCUAAUACUGUGCGGUACUCAAAACUCUGGGGAUUAUUAUUUAUAUGGCACUACCGUCAUAAAUGUACAUACUUCUCCUGACCACGAUUUGCAGCAACAUAAAGGAUUUGAAAUAGAAGUAGCGCAUAUUGAAUUUUGCGGUAGAAACUACACUGAAGCACAAGGCCGCAUUAGGUCACCACGACGAGAUAACGAUGAAACUGAAAAAGAUUGUUACACGCUAAUCACUGCUCCUGAGAAUUACACCAUAUCUGCUUAUUUCAUUAACGUUAACCCCGAUUACUGGAAUGAAAACGUAUACUUGGAAAUAUUCGAUGGUGAUAAGACGAGCUCGAGAAGUUUAUUCAAAGUGUCAGGGGAGUACGACUCCGAAUUGGCAGUGUUUUCAACUGGGAGGUACCUUCUCUUCCAUAACCACCAGGUAGACGGCGACCGUGUCGGCUUCGAUUUAAAUUACAUAAUAACAAACAAAGGACAAGGUUGUGGCGGUAAAAUGCAAAACGAGUACGGUCUUGUGUCAAGUCCCCUGUAUCCAAAUAGCUACCGGCAGAAGAACAACUGUGAAUGGGAAUUAGAAUCACUUAUUGGUACUAAACUAAGAUUACAUUUCUCGAUAUUUGACUUAGGUGCUGCGUGCAAUGAAAACUACGUGAAACUGGUUAAACGAAACGGGGAUGUAGUAUCUAUAUAUUGCGACGAAACUCCAGCGGAUUAUACCAGCGAUGAUAAUUACGUAAAAAUUGUAUUCGUGACGAACAUGAAUAACGGCGGGACAGGCUGGUUGGCUCAUUUCAUAGGUAUAGUGUAAAGUAGUGGUUUCGCAUCUUUUUCGUGAACAAAAUGCAAAAUUUUAUCUUUCUUUGUUUAUAUACGAAGGAGAAAAUAACCAAGACUUCCAGUUUACAGGGCUGGAAUCGAACCAGCGUCCUCUGCCUACGUACGUUACAGAUGCCUAGGUUGGGUAUAGUUAGGUAUGACAAUUUCCUGAAAGCGUCUAGCGUCCCUUUCGAUUUAUAGUUAAGCUAUAAUAGUGUGUCUACAUGAAAUAAAAUUAUUAAAUUAAAGUCUACGAAUAAACAUAUUCAUAGAAAUUAAUUUGUUAGCUAUCCAUAAUAAAUGUACUUGUUUUGAUGUUUAUUGUAUUGGAUAUCGUGGCAGCAAGAGACUUAUGAGAUGUCAUAUCAUGUCGAAUGUCUUGACAAACGACAGUGCACUUUGACAAGACUAUUUAUACACAUUCGGCCUACAUCUCUAUGCCACGAGAGCAACUGUAAAUAAAAAAUAUUUUUAUAUAAGUAAUUCAAUGUCCAAUUCUGGCCAUUUCUCUAUUUUAAAAAUGUGGUGAUGAUAAUGUUAUCUACGCCAGACCACUUAUUUAUAUAGAACUGAAUUCCUGUAAUUUAUGUUUAGUAUAAUAAUAUAAGGUUUAGUAUUUGUAAGAAUAAAUUAUGCCAAUAAAA